AUGUUUUGCCUGACGUACCUUCUUUUUGUGGCAUCAGCUUACGCUGUUCUCCUGCCAAACGCUACUGGGCCAUACUCGGUUGGAGUAUCAGUCCACACGCUCACCGAUGCGACACGCAUGGACCCCUACGCACCCGACGAUAAGCCUCAUGAGCGUAAAGUCUUGAUCUCUGCGUUUGUUCCGCUCAACAGUACGACAACGCCAUGUGUUUCUCGCUCCACUCUCUAUAUGACCCCCUUGGUCGCUAGAGAUUACGAUACUCUGGCUGCUUCUGCUGGGCUGUCUAACGAGACAUUCACGUCCUUGAGGAUGCAGCUGUGUGAUAUCCCACGGGGUAAAUCUUGCUUCAAUGGUCAUGGUCAACGCCCAGAUAUCAGCAAGCCUUCACGUCCUCUUCUUCUGUUCUCUCCCGGAUUUGGACAAUCACGGCUCCUUUAUGGCGCCAUGGCGAGGUCGUUGGCAAGUGAAGGAUAUGUUGUCAUAACGGUUGAUCACCCAUACGAUGCCUCGGUGGUCGAGUUUCCGGACGGUAGCUUCACAAGAGCCGCCAAUAUCUCAACUGACGACAUAGCAGCUCUUGAGAUGGUCAUACAGGUCCGGGCGUCAGACAUCUCCUUUGUCAUCGACCAGCUCCAGAACGUUACAGCUCUGCGACAGUCCAUUGACCACAGCGCUGUCCGUAUCGACUUCGAUAGAAUUAUCAUGUACGGCCAUUCGCUGGGUGGAGCAGCGGCUGCAGCCACAAUGCUGUCAGACAAACGCAUUCGAGGCGGUGUAAAUCUGGAUGGGAGGUUCUUCAGCCCCGUCAAGGAACUUGGGCUAGAAAGACCGUUUCUUGAUAUUGGGCGCCCGAACCACCGAUCAGACGAUCCUACUUGGGACGAGUUUCAACAAAGCAUGCGGGCUCAAAGCAUCGAGCUUGCCAUUGCCGGAACCACUCACAGUUCCUUCACGGAUUACCCGCUGAUUGUCAGCGCUUUGGGUCUUACAGAAACGGCUAAGAAAAGCUUGGAGGAUUUCUUGGGAACAGGGCAAUGGGACAGAGUUGGCGACAUCAUCAAAAGACUCGUUGUGGCAUUCGAUGAUCUUGUGUUUGAGCAUAAAACCCCAAAGAUCUUGCAGGGUGCAGAUACCAAGUUUCCUGAAGUUGAGCUUGUACGCAGCAAACCUUCAUAG